AAUGUUAACAGCAGCCCCAUUCUAAUCCCCUUUCUUUUACUUUCCCUCUCUCUCUCUCUCUUUCUCCCUCCAAUUCCAGUUCUGUCCAUCCAGGCCGCUGCCAUCCAGUUCACCAAGGAGCCCAAGUCCCAGGAUGCCUUGCACGGCCGUAGCGCCAUGCUACGCUGCGAGGUCAGCGAUCCGGCUGACAUCAGCUACGGCUGGCUUCACGACGGCCAUCCCCUGGAAAACAGUGAGAGGCGCUUCCAGGAGGGUAGCAACCUCAAGUUCACCGCUGUGGAUCGGCAACUGGACGCUGGGAACUUUGAGUGCGUUGCAAAAAACUUGGUCACAGGAGAGGCACUCCACUCCACCAAUGCCUCCUUCAAUAUCAAGUGGUUAGAAAGUGGUGGUGUGACUUUAAAGGAGCCUGCCUCAGAAGGGGAGAUCGAGAGCUCAGCUCCGGUCACGUUGCGCUGUCAUAUUGAUGGACACCCACGGCCGACAUGCCAGUGGUUCAAGGACGGGGUGAAGCUCACCGAGAAGAGCCAUCAGAUCAACAGCAAGGAGAGGACACUCACCUUCAAGAGUGCCAGUCCAGACGACAAUGGCCUGUACUACUGCUGUGCCAAGAAUGCAGCCGGGCACGUCUGCAGCAGCAGCAACUUUACUCUCAACAUUAUAGAUCAAAGUUUUCCACGACCAGUGGUCACUCCUAAGGACCAGGUGGUGUUGAAGAACGAGGAGGCCAUGUUCCACUGCCAGUUUACUGCUGUGCCGGAACCCACGCUGGAGUGGUACCACGAAAACGAGCUGCUGGCAAACAAGUCUCGUGUGAUCCUGUUCUCCAACGGCACACUUCUGAUCACCCAGGUCAAGCCCAGGAACACAGGGACCUACAAGUGUGUUGGCAGUGGCAUCAGAGGGUCCCCUGUUAAACUGGAGGCCUCCCUCCUCAUAGCUGAGAUAGAAGACAUGGUGCUCAAGAUGUCGAAGGUUUUCACAGCGGACACCUUCCAGCGGGUAGCCUGCCCGGCCCCCCGUGGCAGACCUGAGCCCAAGGUCUGGUGGGAGAGAGCAGGUCAGCGGGUGCCCACAGAGGGCAGAGUGCACCAGGAAGGGCUGGAUCUGGUCUUCAGACCCACAGAGGAGGGAGAUUCAGGCACCUACACCUGCGUGGCCCAGAACAAGGCAGGGCGCAGGACACUGGAGGUCACCUUCACUGUGGCCACUGCCCCAGUGUGGGUGGUGAGGCCUCAGGACAGCCACUUAGAGGAAGGUAAACCAGGUUAUCUUCACUGUCACGCUCAGGCCAACCCUGAACCUGAGGUCACCUGGCUCCGCAACAACAUUGUGAUCACACCAGAGGACAUGCGUUAUAAGCUGUUCUCUAACGGCACCCUCAGGAUCAACAAUGUGGAGGUUUAUGACGGACAGAUAUACGGCUGUGAAACCAAGACUGAUGGCGGCCGACUGUCUGGGCAGGCUCGAGUUAUUGUGCUUGAGAAGCUGAAGUUCACCCCGACCCCCCAGCCUGCUCAGUGCCUUGAGCUGGAUAACAAGAUCACCAUCCAGUGCUCAGCUAAAGGCAGACAGAUCCCCACCAUUCGCUGGAUGAAAACAGACGGAGGAGAGCUGCCGCCUCACGUGGAGCAGAGGAACGGCCAGCUCCACUUCACCAAAGUCACCCGCAGCGACGGCGGCAACUACACCUGCUUCGCCUUCAACAGCCUCCAGGGGAAUAUCACAGCCGUGGUGACCCUCACUGUGGCCGUGUACAUUCGCUUUAAGGUGGAACCAGAGAAUACAACGGUAUACCAAGGUCACACAGCCAUCCUGCACUGUCAGGCAACCGGUGACCCCGAGCCUCACAUCCACUGGAUGGUCAAAGACAAGAUGCUGGACAUCAGUAAGAACGGGAGGUUACAAAAGAUGUCCAAUGGCUCCUUGUUGAUUAAAGACGUCACUACAGAUGACACCGGCAGAUACACGUGUGUCGCCGGAAACAGCUGCAGCAUCAAAGACCGCGUGGCUCAGUUGUAUGUAGUUGACAAACCAGUGCAUGCCUUUGAUGAAAAUGGGGACAAGGCUCCUUACAAGAUGAUCCAAACCAUCGGCCUUUCAGUGGGAGCGGCCGUGGCUUACAUCAUCGUCGUGCUAGGGCUCAUGUUCUACUGCAAAAAGAGACGCAACGCCAAAAGACUGCAGAAAGGCCACGACGGAGAGGAGCCAGAGAUGGAGUGUCUCAAUGGAGGGGCCGUUCAACAAAACGGCCACACCACUGCUGAGAUCCAGGAAGAGGUGGCACUUACCAAUAUGGGUACCAUGGCAACAACCGAGAAGCGCCACAGCCAUGUGAACAAUGAUAAGCUCCACUUUCCUCGAGCGAACUUACAAACCAUCACUACUUUAGGUAAAGGGGAGUUUGGUGAGGUGCUGCUAUGCAAAGCUAAGGGUAUCGAGGAGAGCGAGGAGGAGACGGUGGUGUUGGUGAAGAGCCUGCAGAGCCGAGAUGAACAGCUCCAGCUCGACUUCCGCCGCGAAGCUGAAAUGUUCGCCAAGCUCAGCCACCCCAACGUCGUCCGCCUGUUGGGCCUGUGUAGGGAGGCAGAGCCCCACUACUCGAUCCUAGAGUACUAUGACCUGGGAGACCUAAAGCAGUUCCUGAGAAUUUCCAAAAGCAAAGAUGACAAGAUCAAAUCUCAGCCUAUCAGCACCAAGACCAAAGUUUCCAUCUGUGCCCAGGUGGCUCAUGGGAUGGAGCAUCUGUCCAAUCACCGUUUCGUUCACAAAGACCUAGCCGCCCGAAACUGUCUGAUCAGCAGUCAGAGGCGUGUGAAAGUGUCGUCGCUCAGCCUCAGCAAGGACGUCUACAACAGUGAGUACUUCCACUACAGACAGGCAUGGAUCCCGCUGCGCUGGCUCCCAGCAGAGUCUGUGUUUGAGGAUGACUUCUCCACCAAGUCUGACGUGUGGGCCUUUGGAGUGUUGAUGUGGGAGGUGUUCAGCCACGGGGAAAUGCCAUACACCAAACUCAGUGACGAUGAGGUGCUGGAAGCUCUGAAGACAGGGAAGCUGAAGCUGCCCGUUCCAGACGGAUGUCCUUCCAAAAUCUACAAGCUCAUGGCUCGCUGCUGGGCGCUAAGCCUCAAAGAGCGUCCCUCCUUCACUGAAAUUGUCCACACCCUGGGAGAGCUGCCCUCUGACAGCAAAGUCUGAGUCAACCAUAGCCCCACAUCAGAGGGGAACUUUGAACGACCCCCUUCCCCCAAAAUAUAGACAGGAAUGCUGGAUUAUUAGUCUCACACAUUUCAGGGAAGAGGGUUGAGGAGAAAAACACUUUUUGUAUAUGCAUUUCAAACAGUGGACGUGUGGGUAAGACUUCUUUGCUACAUCAGUGGAAACGCACUCACGUUUGUGUGAAUGGCUUCAUGUGAGCAGUGGCAGGAGUUUAUGUUUGCCUUAACCGCAGCAUGGAUGACACUCCCCCCUCCAGUCACUGUCUGUCGUUCCAUUGUAACCCUGCCUGCCCGGAUGCAGCCGCUCUAUCCCAGAGACACUUUGUUUCACAGAGCCUCACAACCUCAGUGCCUCUACCCCCUCCACACACACACACACACACACACACACACACACACACACACACACACACACACACACACACACACACACACACACACACCCAGCUAUCCAAAUGCUCUGUUGGGAUGUUAGAUACAGUGCUUUCACCGGCUCAGAUCAAUAGAAAUUAUUGGUCAGAAGAUUAGGAACAUCCCCGAAAUUUAGGUCCCCUGCUCUGUCAAGUCCUCUGUAUUGAAAGAGAAGUUCUCACUUCUAAUGUGACUUCAGAGGAGCGUUGAAGCUUCUUAAAUAUUCUGUGUGUUGAGUGAGAUCGUUUCAACGGGUCUGUUAAAAUUCAAUUGGUCUGCCACUCUAAUCCUGAAGGAGACGCCUAGCUACUCAGGCCACCAAGGACCCACCACCGUCAUCCAAAGUGUGUGUGUGUGUGUGUGUGUGUGUGCACGCGCAUGUGUGUGCGGCACUGAACUGUUCCCAUGCUACAGUGUACCUUCAAAGAAGAAGUGGAAUUGGCUUUUGCAUGAAGGUUCGUCGUCCGUUACACUCGUGAUUUGCGACAUAAGAAAACUUGUGGAAAAAGUAAUCCAUGUUAUGGUAACACUUCAGGAACAUUUAAAAAAAGAAGAAGAAAAAGAUCAAGUUCAUAGCCAAGGAAUAUAUUGAAUAGAUGAGAUUGUGCCAGUGUGGGCUCUAUAUGUUUUGCUGAGUAUGUUCUGUUCUUGUAUUAACUUUGAGGUGCUUAUUGGUGACCACCCAUGGGUAAGAAUACUCAUUAUACCACAUUAACAUGAUCAUGUCGUGUCAGUUGCAGUGAUGCAGCCUAUCACUGUGUUUAACCUGCAGCAUUUUGUCAGAGGUCCAAUCACAGUUUCCCUCCCGGUCCAAUUGUUUUGUGCAGCGCUGCAAAGUGGACCAUCAGUCCACGCAAUGUGUACAUAAUGUAGAAGCCAUGCACUAACUUCACUUAAAAGAAUAUCCCUCUUUAUCUCUAUCAUGUUGUGUAGUAGGACAUGCAGGUGCCUGUUUAUUUAUGAUGAAGGUCCUGUCUUUUUUUAACUAUGUUUCUAAUAGGAAGGUACUUCUCUGAUGCUAUGUAAUCAUUGUCAUGGUCCAUCUCGGUGUGCGUUCAGUCUGAUAACCAGCUGAAUAUGCUAACACAAAGUACAAAGGAGGUCAAAAGAGUGACUGCUGGUCACCAGUACUCAUUUAAGUGCCUGGUAAAUGAAGGAUUAUCUUAACUGUUUCCCUCUUUUCUUCUCAUUUUUUUUACAUUAUCUAAUCAAAUGCAAUGGCCUUUGUUUAUGAACAUGUUUUUAUACAUUGUUUUUAGUGUAAUGUUUUGUUUUUAUGAAUGCUAGGCACUCACACCUAGACCUUUUUUUUUUUUUUAUCUGCUUCAGCAAAUGUUCACAGUAAUCAGAUAUAUAUACAAAAGUAUACAUGCUGCUGUCAAUAAAGGUCCACAGUGUUUUUA